AUGCUAUCGGUGUUCAGAUCCAAAGGCUUCGACGCCACCAAGUUCGAAAAAAGUCUCAAAACUCUGUCCAAUAAGAUCCUCAGCAAGGAAAAAGCACUUCAUCGCUACAGGAACAACAAGGCGCACUACCGAAGGGCCGCCGUUCUCUACUUGUUUGCCAUAUACUCCAGUUACGCAUUCUACCUGUACUUGCGGGCAGAGAGGCUUUCCAGAGGCCAAUGGGCGCAUAUUGCCCUUCCUCCCGCGGUGAUAGUGUUGGUUUACAUCGCGAUUGGCCGCUUCUACAACUACCUCAUAACCAGCACCGAGCGCAGACUGGAAACACUCAAGGAGCAGCAUCAGGAAAAAAUCGCAGAGCUCAAGGAAAAAACCAAUUUCGACAAAACACACGAGCUGCUCAGCAGGUUCUCCAACGGCGAGGACCUGAAAGAGCUCGAGACCCAGGCGCAGGAGAUCAACAGACAGAAACAGGAGUAUUUGCAGCUGAUCAAGGACGGAAAGGCCCCGAGUCUCGACUCUGCCUCCAAGGACACCAAGACGUUCUACGACCAGUUUUUCAGCCUGCUGCUCGGCAGCGACGAGCUGGGCCCGGACAUGCGGUACGCGCUCAUUUGCAGGUCAUGUCUGCAGCACAACGGGCUGGCUCCCAAGGGAGUGGAGGCAGCACAGGUGAAGUACGUGUGUCCCAAGUGCGGCACGCUGAACGGCGCAGAGUUGGCGCAGGACACGGAAAACCACACACAAGUAGUAGACAAGACUACCUAG